CCACACUCAACCUCAAAUUUAGCCCAUGAGGGCAUGGGUUUCAAAAUGAUAAGCCCGUCAACAUAGCGGCGUUCGGCCCACCAGGGGACCAUUUGCCUUCCUCUCUUUCAGCCGCGUUCCCUCACUCGUCGUCAGGGCAACAAUGUGUAUGAGCUGAUGCCACCGCCACCCAACAUCCUUCGACGGCGGCUCCAUACACUUCGGAGCAGAAAAUGCCGAUCUCUUUAACCCAUUGUUGUAGGGUAAGAACGCCAUGCCCCCAAUUCUGCUUCAGAACCGCCGGAUCAUCCCGCCUUCCUCCGGCGAACGCCCUGAAAUUCUUCAAUCCCGCCGCUUUGCCAUUUCGAAUUUCAGCCUCCUCGAUCUCGGGUCGAUCUCCGAGGACGUUUAAGGUCUGGGUCUAUGGAGAAGAAUCGGUUUUGAAGUGUGAAGCUUCUGAUGAAGAAGAAGAAAAAGAAGGGAAGAAUGAGGGGCGGCGGCUGACUUGCGUGAUGAAAUUCGGUGGAUCUUCAGUCGCUUCUGCUGAGCGGAUGCGGGAGGUUGCAGAGUUGAUUCUUGGGUUCCCAGAGGAAAGCCCUGUUAUUGUUCUCUCUGCUAUGGGGAAGACGACCAAUAAUUUAUUGUUUGCGGGAGAAAAGGCUUUGAGUUGUGGGGUGUCGAAUGUAUCAGAGAUUGAAGAGCUUGCCCUGAUAAAGGAACUUCACCUCAGGACUGUUCGAGAACUAGGACUCGAUGUUUCUGUAAUUUCUGAACUUUUGGAAGAAUUGAACCAUCUUCUGAACGGGGUAGCUAUGGUGAAAGAGCUGACUCUUCGCACCAAAGAUAAACUAGUGUCUUUUGGAGAGCGGUUGUCAACCCGGAUAUUUUCUGCUUAUUUGAACAAGAUUGGGGCUAAAGCCCAGCAAUAUGAUGCAUUUGACAUUGGAUUUAUUACAACCGACGACUUCACAAGCGCAGAUAUCUUGGAUGCUACUUAUCCUGCAGUUGCUAAGAUAUUAUGCAAAGCUUGGGCCAAAGAUCAUGCCAUUCCUGUCGUUACUGGAUUCCUUGGGAAGGGAUGUAAAUCAGGUGAAAUUACAACUUUAGGUAGGGGUGGUAGUGACUUGACUGCAACAACACUUGGAAGAGCCUUGGGAUUGCGGGAGAUUCAGGUUUGGAAAGAUGUUGAUGGUGUUCUUACUUGUGAUCCGAGUAUUUAUCCUCACGCAAAGCCUGUGCCUCAUCUGACCUUUGAGGAGGCCACUGAGCUUGCUUACUUUGGAGCACAGGUUCUUCAUCCCCAAUCAAUGAGACCAGCUAGGGAGGGUGAUAUUCCUGUUAGGGUUAAGAAUUCUUAUAAUCCAAGAGCUCCCGGCACCAUCAUAACUAAAUGUAGAGAAAUGAGCCAGGUUUUACUAACGAGUAUAGUCCUGAAGCAGAAUGUGACCAUGUUAGAUAUAGUUAGCACUCGAAUGCUGGGUCAAUUUGGCUUCCUUGCAAAGGUUUUUUCAAUAUUCGAAGAAAUGGGGAUCUCUGUUGAUGUUGUUGCAACGAGUGAAGUCAGUAUAUCCGUGACACUGGACCCGUCAAAAAUUUGGAGCAGAGAACUUAUUCAGCAGGAACUUGACCACGUAGUUGAAGAGCUGGGAAAAUUUGCAGUUGUAAAUCUUUUACCACACAAAUCCAUAAUCUCCCUAAUCGGAAAUGUCCAAUAUUCAUCUCUGAUAUUGGAGAAGGCUUUCAGUGUUUUCCGAACGAAUGACGUGAAUGUGCAGAUGAUCUCACAAGGAGCUUCAAAGGUAAACAUUUCGUUGAUAGUGAACGACAGCGAAGCAGAGAGGUGUGUGAAGGCACUUCACUACUCGUUCUUUGAGAGCGAGGAAUCAAUUGGAAGGGGGACGAUGAUGAAGAUGAAGAUGGAGAAUGAUGCCAGUUUUAGCAAUGGGAAAGCGAUUUCAUUGCCGGUGAAGAAGUAAAUUAUUUUGGCCCCUCAAACCAAAUUUGGAGUAACAUCACACACACACACACACACAUGUUGUGCAUAAGUGUAUUAUAACCCCAUUUUUUAUGUCAUGAAUUGAGAGGGGAUACUUAUUUAUUAUCAUCAUAAUAAUACUCCCUAGGGACAUUUCACCCCCACUUUCUCAAAAGACAUUUGUGGGUACCUGCUCAAUGUGUGUAGAUGAUGUAGGUGGGGUGAGAAUUUGGGUGCUUAGAGUAUAAUGCCACUUUAAAGUGUUUAUCAACACUCAUUUUUUUAGAUUCACUAUGUAUUUGAUAUCAACCAUGCUAGGGGUACACUAAGAAAUAGACUCCAAAUUGUACCCCUAAAGAAUGCAGUAGCAUUUUAACAAUUCAUACCAGCACAAAAUAUCAGUUUAAUCAUAGAAAUUUGCAUUGACAUUUUCUGUCAUGGU